UAGCUGCAAGCUAAACAAAUCAAAUCAAACAGUUCAUCGAAUAGAACCAUGUUCACUACUGAGUUGAUGAAGAAAUGCUUAACACUGACCAAGAUGAUGAAUAAAUUUGCUCCUCAUAUGGCAACCCUGAAACCAGCAAGACACGGUGAUAUUGUUCCUGCUCUCUAUUCUACAAACGUCAGUCCUCAAGAUGAAUUGAAGAGCAACAUUCAUCGCUACAUGCCAAAUAGUUUUGAUAAGAAGAUACUUAAAUGGACUGGAAGAUACAAAUCAGAAGAUGACAUUCCAUUAACAAUUCCGAUGGAAAUGCUGGUCCGAGCUCGGAACAAGGCACGCAUUCAAGUAUGUUACAUUAUGAUUGCAAUCACUGUCGUAGCCUGCUUUGCCGUAAUUGCAUCCGGUAAGAAGGCCGCUGCACGCCAUGAGUCACUAACCAGUCUGAACCUAGCAAAGAAAGAAAAGUGGCGUAAAGAAUACGAAAAUAAACCUGGAAUCAGUGCAACGAACCCUGAUAAAUAGAAGAAAAGAAUAAUCCCACUAACAGCUCGGCCUUUCUGAUCAUAUUGGGGGUCAAUGAUCGGAGGCAUAUGUACUUUACAAUCUUCACUGGGUAUAUUACUACACUAUGUCACCUAAGCGUAUACAUUUGUGCACAAUGUAAUACUUUUACUCUAUUAAAGUAUGUAUAUCAUUAGGAGUUCUAUGUGUGAAUACAUGACCUGAUGUAAUAUAUCUUAUUAGGGGACGCAGCGUCUUUCUCCCCCUUCAGCAGCCUGCCAUUACCUUUCUCUGUAACUAUUCACAAAACUCAUCAUUCACCAAAGUAUGCAUCCACUAUAAGGGCUCGUGCACACAAGCGUAUUUUUGGUCCAUGUCUGUUCCGUUUUUUUUGCAGCCCGUC